GAGCGGGGGUUGGAGCCCGGGCAGCGGGCUGGGCGGGACCGGCAAGUUUCCCUCCGGAGUUUGCAGGUCCGGACCCUCCGCGGAUCGCGGCUGGUGCCUUCACCCGGGUCGGGAUGGAGCAGCCGAACUUGAACCUGAAGAUUAUCAUCCUGAUCCACUGGGUGCUGACCAUCUGGGGCUGCCUCGUGUUCGGGGGCCCCUAUGCCUGGGCCAACUUCACCGUCCUGGCCUUGGGCGUGUGGGCCGUCGCUCAGCGGGACUCCCUGGACGCCAUAAGCAUGUUUCUGGGCAGCUUGAUCAUCACCAUCCUCCUGGACAUCAUCCACAUCAGCAUCUUCUACCCGCGGGUCGGCCUCUUGGACUCGGGCCGCUUCGGCGCCGCCAUGGCCAUCCUCAGCCUGCUCCUCAAGCCCUUCUCCUGCUUCCUGAUCUACCAGAUAUACAUGCAGCGCGGGGGCGGGGGCAUCAUCUACCCCAGUCCUGUAGUCCAAAAUCAGAGCACUGCCUACCAGACGAUUGACUCGACAGAGGCCCCCGCAGACUUUUAUGCUGGCCUGGAGGGCAAGGGUCACACCUCCCACGGCUACUGAAGCCAGCCCCGCUGCCCUGGCCGCUUGGGGGCCAGAAGCACAAACUGCAGGGGAGGUUGGACGCCCCCUCUCUUGGGCCUCAUGUGGAGCAUGUUCUGUUCCCCAUCUCAGGUGUGGCCCGAACGGCUGGCUCUGUGCACACAGCUGUCCCACGCUCCCUGUGACCCCCACCCGCCUCCAGGCACCUCGCUGGUCCCAGGCUGGGAACCGUGGUCACUUUCCUCACCUCCGCCCCUAGCUGCUCUGUGCAGGCCCCAGGCCAUGCCACUUCUUAGCCGGCGGAGUCCAGCCUCUAAGGGCCAGUGACGCCCCCGCCCUGGGCCCCCCCGCAGUUGUCGAGUCCCUCCCCCCCAUCUCUCUACCCCCAGCCCCGCAGAAGGCGGUCUGUGGUAUAGGGUGAGGUGCUGUGCUUCUCACUGCCUGGUCACUUGGUUCUGGAAACCCUGGGGCAGGAGGCAGGCAGUGUCCACUAAACUUGAGACCCAUGACAGCCCCCAGCCUCCCUUCCCAGAGGCAUGGCAUUAAAGUUUGGGGAAUUGUGUA